AAAAACUAAAGUAGUCAGGUAGACUUGAUGGCCACACCUCAAAGAAAAAUAAAAAUUACCACGGCAACAUUCCAGCACAAAAUGUUAAAGCAGCCAGGGUGUACCUGUUUGGAGAUUCAGUUGCGGAAGAAGAUGAUGACAAUGUUGAAUAUGAAAUGAGAUCUCGUCAUAAAAAAGGUGCCACCUAUGACGGAGGUUUAUUGCAAGACCAACCACAGUAUUUUGAAAAAGAAAUAAUUGAAGGUGAAACACUUCAGGCCAUAGCUCUCAGAUAUGCCUGCCAGUUUUCCAGAGGAAAUAACAGACUCAAGUCAAGCAGAUUUCCUUCGAGUGCAAGAGAGAAUGAAAAUGCUGAAGAAGUGUUUUUGGACAAUCACUUUGAUGACACUGACUCUCAGCAUGACUUUAGUGACCCUGACACACAGCUGAAGAUUUUAAGGACUUUGAGCAUACGAGAAAACUUUUCAGCCGAGGGGAAAGAAGCAGAAAAAUUUCUCAACAAAAUGGACGAAGAUUUAAAAAAGUUUAAGCAGUCGUCUCACCGGCCGGAGCGUGAAUCCUUGACAGAAGUGAUCUCAGUAUUGACUAACAAAAGCAUCCACCCCCUGAUGACCAAUAGACCUAAGAAAUCUAGCGGCGCUGACUGCGGUUUAAGCUGGUGGUCCAUCAUCAUCAUCUCUUUAACUGUAACAAUCAUUUUACCUUCUAUAGGCUUGAUAUACUACUUCUUCUAUUAUCAUUCUCAUUCAUAGCACAAAAUGUGACAUCAGUUCAUUUUUGCUAGCUUUUUAACAUACCAGUACAGCUGAGUUGAGCUUGAUCA